AUUUUGAUAAAAUUCAUAGCUCAUUAAUUACUUCAUUUUUUUUACUUUAAAAAGUUUCUUGAUAUACUGGUAUACUCCGAUUUGGUAUCCCGGUAUAAACUAAAAGAUACUGGAAAUAUUAUUAUUGUGUACCGGAAUAAACGAACGAAUUUCUAGACUAUAAAAUAUUAUAUAAAAUUCAAUGCUGUCAUGCUGAUCACCUAGACAAAACAACUGGUACUGAUAUAAAAACAAUAAUAAAAACACGGUCGAUAGGGGAGGGGGGCAUGGCCCCUCGGGCUCCACUGGCCCUGGCUACGCCACUGAAGUCUGUGCUUUGGUAUCAUACAUUGAACUAUAUGAUAGUUAUAUAGUAUUAUAGUUCAAUGGUAAAUAUUUUUCGUUUUUUUUUUGAUUUUAUUAAUAUUUUGAAUUUUCGUUUCUAAUUCUCAAUGAGUUUCGAACCUGAAAACUUAUAGAUAUUUGAAAUAAUUAUAAUUAUCUUAAGCUGCAUCAUUAAUUUUAAAUUGUGCCACAUGCUAUGUAUAAAAAUUCUGAUUGGCGAUUAUACUUUUGUUGAUUUACUAUUAAUACAACGUAAUAUAAUAAUGAAGAUUUAGAUAACUUAUAAUUAAAGAGUUUAUAUGAGAUAUAUAUUCUUUUAAUCCAUAAUAUGAGGUACCAUAGUAUUAUAGAUUCAAUAAAAACAAUUUCCAAAAAUUAUUAUACCCGCAGUGAACAAAAUUAUGCUAAACAAAUAAGAAAUGCAACUGUCGUGUGUACAAAUCACUUGACUCCUGAAAUAAAAUUGCAUUUAAUUACUGAAAAAUGCCAGCUGUGGCAUUCACCUGCAAGUGAAUGUCAGUUUGACGAUCCAUUCUGGGCAUUUUAUUGGCCUGGUGGCCAAGCUAUUUCCAGGUUUAUACUAGAUAACAGCAAGUAUGUGAAUAACAAAACAAUUUUGGAUAUCGGUAGUGGUAGUGCUGCAUGCAGUCUUGCAUCAGCUUUAGCAGGUGCUAAUAAAGUUACAGCUAAUGACAUAGAUCCGGUUGCAUGUGUAGCAGCCAAACUAAAUGCUCAGUUAAACAACAUCAACAUUGAUGUUUUGUCCAAGAAUAUUUUGUUCAAUGAUUGUUCACAAUGGGAAGUUAUCAUUGUUGGAGAUAUGUUUUAUUCACAAGAUAUAGCUGAUGUACUGUGGAAAUGGUUGGAUACGCUGUCUAACCAAGGGAAGACAAUUCUGAUCGGUGAUCCGGGUAGACAUUGUUUUAAGCCCAAACGUCAUUUACAGGAGCGAUUAAAAAAACUUGAAGAAUACAAAUUAACAGAGAAUUGUUGUUUGGAAAAUCGAGGAUUUUCAACUGCAUCUGUUUGGAUUUUAGAAUAAAAUGAUUAGGUAUAUUAAAAAAAAAACUAAGCUAUUUUAUACAGUUAAUUUAUUGAUCAAAAUUUGUCCAAAUAUAUUAAAAUUAUACAAUGCAA